AUGGUCCGCACGUCCGCGGAUGCUGUCGCCGGGUCGCUCUCCCGAGCCCCGACCAUUUCAUCUGCUCAGAACGGUAGAGUAUUGCCCCAUUCCCCACUCGACAGGCCCGCUUGGCGCCAUCAUGGCACUCCCAAGCGGGGACUUCCUGGCCGAAACUGGCUUGACGCCAGUUCCGCAGCCGGGUUUCAGUCCCAGAAGCUAGAACAGACCGUGGGCACCUUGACACAUGGCGUCAUGCAGCCCAUCCGUUUCACCUUACCCGUCUGGCAGAUACGCCUCGCACCGGUCACGGGGACAGGCACGAGUAGCUCACCAAAGCACCUGCUAGCCGCCUCCGACGAGGCCGCUGCAGCUGCUUCCCUAAGCAAUCCAAACCGGUGGCUUACGGGUUUACAGUCAGGAGUCGGGACUCAGGCCUAG